AUGCUGGAGCGGUGCUUCGGAGGUCGCCGGCUUCUGAAGGUGAAGCGACUCCUCCGCAACGGCAAGCUCACUCUCCUCUGCCUGGCCCUCACGGUGGUCGUCAUCCGCGGCUACCUCGGCGCAGGCAAGUUCGGCACGCCGCAGCAGGAUUUCCGCGAGAUUCGCAACCGUUUCUCCCGGCGGCAGGCAGAGCCUCGCCGGGUGCUGGAAGAGGCCGGAGCCGGAGCCGGAGCCGCCGCCGAGGAGAAGAGGAGCUACGGCGAUGUUGACAUCAAAACGAUCUGGAUAGACGAAGACGAGGAGCCUGAAAGAUCUGACCCGAAUAGACCCUACACCCUUGGACCCAAGAUCUCGGAUUGGGACGAGAGACGAGCUCGGUGGCUGAAGAAAAACCCUAAUUGCCCGAACUUUCUCAGACCCGACAAGCCCCGGGUCUUGUUGGCCACCGGGUCUUCGCCCAAACCGUGUGAAAACCCGGUUGGUGAUCACUACUUAUUGAAGGCAUUAAAGAACAAGAUUGAUUACUGUAGGCUCCAUGGGAUUGAAAUCUUCUACAAUAUGGCCUUGCUUGAUGCAGAAAUGGCAGGGUUUUGGGCCAAGCUUCCAUUGAUAAGGAAGCUUUUGAUUUCACACCCUGAUAUUGAGUUCCUAUGGUGGAUGGACAGCGAUGCUAUGUUUACAGACAUGGCAUUUGAAAUCCCCUGGGAGAGGUACAGAGACAGCAACUUUGUGAUGCAUGGUUGGGACCAUAUGGUGUAUGGCCAGAAGAAUUGGAUUGGGUUGAACACUGGGAGUUUCUUGCUGAGGAAUUGCCAGUGGUCUUUGGACAUUCUUGAUGCUUGGGCUCCGAUGGGGCCAUUGAAGGUCCGGGAAGAAGCCGGGAAGAUGCUGGCCAGAGAGCUCAAGGACAGGCCUCCAUUUGAAGCUGAUGAUCAAUCGGCUAUCGUUUAUCUCUUGGUGAAAGAAAAGGAUAAGUGGGCAGACAAGGUUUAUCUUGAGAGUGCAUACUAUUUACAUGGCUACUGGGGGAUUUUGGUGGAUAGGUUUGAGGAGAUGAUGGAGAACUACCACCCUGGUCUUGGCGAUCACCGGUGGCCAUUGGUGACUCACUUUGUCGGCUGCAAGCCCUGUGGGAAGUUCGGCGACUACCCGGUCGAGAGGUGCUUGAAGCAGAUGGACAGAGCUUUCAACUUUGCUGACAAUCAGGUCCUGCAGAUUUAUGGGUUUAUGCACAAGUCUUUGGAUAAUAGGAAGGUGAAGAGAACAAGAAAUGAGACUGAUAAGCCUCUUGAGAUCAAAGACAAGUUUGGUUUGAUUCAUCCAGCGUUUAAAGCUGUCAAGGUAUCAUCUUCUUGACAGCAAGUAGAAGCAAUUAGCUUGACACCAUGGUUGAGGUAGCCUUCGCAGAUAAUGAUUCUGUACAACACUUGGAUUAUACACAUUGUGUUUUUGUGUUUUGGUACCAUUUGGAACUAGUAGCAGCCACCUGCCUCACUAAUUCUUUAAUUAUAUUGACUCUAAUGAAAAAUCAUAGUCUAAUUUCUGCCCUCA